GAAACAGUCCUCAAGAUAGCCCUAGAAACUUCUCUCCCAGUGCCUCAGCCCACUUUUCUUUUGCACGAAGGACUGAUGGUCGCCGCUGGUCUCUGGCUUCUCUCCCUUCUUCUGGCUAUGGUACAAAUACACCCAGCUCAGCUGUUUCUUCAUCCUGUUCCUCUCAAGAGAAGCUACACCAGUUACCAUAUCAGCCAACACCUGAUGAACUACAUUUUUUAUCUAAACAUUUCUGUACCACUGAAAGCAUUUCCAGUGAUAGCAGAUGCAGGACCACUCCAUUGCGUCCUCGGUCCAGAAGCCUCAGCCCUGGACGUUCUCCUGCCUGCUGUGACAAUGAAAUAAUAAUGAUGAACCAUGUCUACAAAGAAAGGUUCCCAAAGGCCACAGCUCAGAUGGAAGAACGGCUUCAGGAUAUCGUAACAAACCAUUCUCCAGAUAACGUCCUUCCCCUGGCAGAUGGAGUGCUCAGUUUUACCCACCAUCAGAUCAUAGAACUGGCUCGAGACUGCUUGGAUAAAUCCCACCAGGGGCUCAUCACAUCACGAUACUUUCUUGAAUUACAGCAGAAAUUAGACACAUUACUCCAGGAGGCUCAAGAGCGAUCAGAGAGUGAAGAACUGGCAUUUAUCAAGCAGCUAGUUCAAAAGAUCCUAAUAAUUAUUGCUCGUCCUGCUCGCUUAUUGGAAUGUCUGGAAUUUGAUCCUGAAGAGUUUUACUAUCUUCUGGAAGCAGCUGAAGGCCAUGCUAAAGAGGGACAAGGUAUUAAAACAGACAUUCCUCGAUAUAUUAUUAGCCAGCUGGGCUUAAAUAAAGAUCCACUGGAAGAAAUAGCUCAGCUAGCUAAUUAUGACAGUGGAACAGCAGAAACUGCAGAAACGGAUGAAUCGAUGAGUAGCUCUAACACCUCACUGAAGCUGCAGAGAAAACCUCGGGAAAGCGAUUUUGAAACAAUUAAGCUGAUUAGUAAUGGAGCUUAUGGUGCCGUUUAUUUUGUGAGACAUAAGGAAACCAGACAAAGAUUUGCCAUGAAGAAAAUUAACAAGCAGAAUCUCAUCCUCCGAAACCAGAUCCAACAGGCUUUCGUUGAGCGGGAUAUCUUGACAUUUGCAGAAAAUCCAUUUGUUGUCAGCAUGUAUUGCUCCUUUGAAACAAGACGCCAUUUAUGUAUGGUCAUGGAAUAUGUAGAAGGUGGAGACUGUGCGACUUUGAUGAAGAAUAUGGGUCCCUUACCUGUGGACAUGGCAAGGAUGUACUUUGCAGAGACUGUUCUGGCUUUGGAAUACCUUCAUAAUUAUGGAAUUGUACACAGGGAUUUGAAACCAGACAACUUGUUGGUGACAUCCAUGGGCCAUAUAAAGCUUACAGACUUUGGCCUGUCUAAGGUGGGGCUAAUGAGUUUGACUACCAAUCUGUAUGAGGGUCAUAUUGAGAAGGAUGCCAGAGAAUUCCUGGACAAACAAGUCUGUGGUACCCCUGAAUACAUAGCUCCUGAAGUCAUACUGAGGCAGGGUUAUGGAAAGCCAGUGGACUGGUGGUCUAUGGGAAUCAUCCUCUAUGAAUUUCUUGUUGGAUGUGUGCCAUUCUUUGGAGAUACUCCAGAGGAGCUGUUUGGACAAGUGAUCAGUG